AAAAGUAAAGCAACCGUCGAACUAGAAAAAGUGGGUUACGCAGGCAGGCAGAUCCGCUCUGCUCCAACUGACCUGCGCGAGCCGACCACACAUGAGCUAUUUCUGAUAUCGGCGUUGUGUUUUAUUUUGUUUUGCACGUACUACACCGCUGAAUGAAGUGUUAGCUCGUCGACUGAGGCGUGAUGAUGGUGUUUUUGCGAGUCCGUUUGGCGGUGAUGUCCGCGUUUCUGUGCGCUGCUCCGCUGCUCCUCGUACAGGAUGCUGCGGCUUUCUAUCUUCCGGGUUUGGCUCCGGUCAGCUUCUGUGAAAAGCCUCAAGACGGAAAAGACGCUCAGAGGGAAUGCCAGGACAAAAUCGAGGUCUUUGUGAACAGAUUGGAUUCAGUGGAGUCGGUUUUGCCGUACGAAUACACAGCGUUUGACUUCUGCACCGUUGAGGCUGAGAAGCGGCCGUCGGAAAACUUAGGCCAGGUGCUUUUCGGAGAGAGAAUUGAGCCAUCGCCUUAUAAGUUUUCCUUCAAGCAAAAAGAGACGUGUAAGCAUGUGUGCACCAAGAAGUACAGCACCAGUAAAGCAGAGGACAAAGCCAACCUGGAUUUCCUCAAGAAAGGCAUGCUCCUUAACUACCAGCAUCACUGGAUUGUGGACAACAUGCCCGUGACGUGGUGCUACGAUGUGGAGGACAAUCAGAAAUUCUGUAAUCCCGGCUUCCCCAUCGGCUGCUACGUCACGGAAACCGGCUUGGCCAAAGACGCAUGCGUCGUCAACUCGGAGUUCAGUGACAAAGACAGCUUCUAUAUCUUCAACCAUGUGGACAUCACUAUUUAUUACCACAACGUGGAGAACGAGGCCCCUGACUCCAGACUGGUCGCUGCCAAGAUGGAGCCAAAGAGUUAUAAACAGAACAAUCCGGAUGCUCCAGACUGCACAGGGCCGCCCAUGAGCCUCAGCAACAAAUUAAAUGGAGAUAUCGUCGUCCCCUACACCUACAGUGUACAGUUCAAGGAGGAUCCGAACAUCCGAUGGGCCUCUCGGUGGGACUAUAUUCUGGAGUCCAUGCCUCACACCAACAUCCAGUGGUUUAGUAUAAUGAACUCCCUGGUCAUCGUCCUCUUCCUGUCCGGUAUGGUGGCUAUGAUCAUGUUGCGCACACUGCACAAAGACAUCGCCCGCUACAACCAGAUGGACUCUGUGGAGGAUGCUCAGGAGGAGUUUGGCUGGAAGCUGGUGCACGGUGACGUGUUUCGGCCACCCCGUAAAGGAAUGCUGCUCUCUGUUUUCCUCGGGUCCGGCACGCAGAUCUUUAUCAUGACGUUCGUCACUCUCUUUUUUGCGUGUCUGGGCUUCCUGUCCCCGGCUAACCGUGGCGCUCUGAUGACGUGUGCAGUGGUGCUGUGGGUGCUGCUUGGAACUCCGGCUGGUUACAUCGCUGCCCGAUUCUACAAGUCGUUUGGAGGAGAGAAGUGGAAGACCAAUGUGCUGCUGACAGCAUUCCUCUGCCCCGGUGUUGUGUUUGCUGAUUUCUUCCUGAUGAAUCUGAUUCUGUGGGGUGAGGGCUCGUCAGCCGCCAUGCCCUUCGGCACACUGGUGGCCAUCUUGGCUCUGUGGUUCUGCAUCUCCGUCCCUCUCACCUUCGUUGGAGCCUACUUUGGCUUUAAGAAAGCUGGCAUCGAACACCCUGUGCGCACCAAUCAGAUCCCUCGGCAGAUUCCAGAACAGUCUUUUUACACCAAACCCCUCCCAGGCAUCGUGAUGGGUGGGAUCCUGCCCUUCGGAUGCAUCUUCAUCCAGCUGUUCUUCAUCCUCAACAGCAUCUGGUCCCAUCAAAUGUACUACAUGUUCGGCUUCCUCUUCCUCGUCUUCAUCAUCCUGGUGAUCACUUGCUCUGAGGCCACCAUCCUGCUCUGUUACUUCCACCUGUGUGCUGAGGACUACCACUGGCAGUGGCGCUCGUUCCUUACCAGCGGUUUCACAGCUGCGUAUUUCCUCGUCUAUGCUGUGCACUACUUCUUCUCCAAGCUGCAGAUCACCGGCCUGGCCAGCACCAUCCUUUACUUCGGCUACACCAUGAUCAUGGCCUUGAUCUUCUUCCUCUUCACAGGAACGAUUGGAUUCUUUGCCUGUUUCUGGUUUGUGACGAAAAUCUACAGCGUGGUGAAGGUGGACUGAAUUUGACCAAUCAGAGCCUGGACUCAACUCUCCUCCGCUAAAUGGGAUGUCUUUGGGGGAGGGAUAAAAGCGCUGUCAAAGACGCCCUGUUGCCCCAGCUAACUAACAACUCAAAAUAGGUUCUACAGAUCUUAAGCUUCCAUUGGAGUGUAUGUGUGUAAAAAAAUUUUGUGAAAUGAUUUUUUUUUUUUUUGUGUGUGUGUGUGUAUUUCACACAUGCUUAUAAAAGAGCACUCAUAUAAAUAGCAACAUGCUGCAGCGCAGAACACACAAACCACAGCUACAUUUUCCUCAACCUUAAUUUCAGAUUGACAUUUGUAAAUAUUUUUCCUUUUCGCUAAUAUUAAAGUGCAUCAGGUUCAGGUGUAAGUAGCUGACCUAUGUUGCGGUGUUAAGUAUGACUUUGUAAAUAUGUCUUUUUUUUUUUUUUCUUAAAUGCUGAAACAUGUCCGGAAAAAAAAGAAUGCAGUAAAAGAGCUGCAGCUUAUUUGAGUUGUUUGUGUUUGGGGGGGGGGGGGGUGGGGGGGUGGUUUCCUCUUAGUGUUGUUGUUGUUAUUAUUAUUAUAUAUAUUUUUUUUUUUGUUGAAAUUUUUGUGUGCUAUCAACCAGCCAGCUUUCCUUGCUUUUAUUUAUCUCUUAUCAUUUUUAAUUCGCACUCUUACUAUUGAUUUAUGCCUCGAUGCUUUCUUUGUGCCUCAUCAAUAAGAGGGAAGAAUAAAGAAGUGGUUCACCUUAAAACUUUAACACUGCUACAGAUGAGUGAAAGAUCGUACCUUUCAAGUACAUGAAGCAAAGUUAGCAAAAGUGCUAGUUUUUUGGGGUGAAAUGUUUCUUUAAGAACCCUGGGUGCAUAUGUGUAAGAGCUGAUCUACUCUUGGUUUCUGUCUGUUGAAAUCAAUUUGGUGUGUGCGCAGGAGCUGAUUGGAGAUCAGCUGUCUAACAGACAUUUCCUACAUAUUAACUUAAUACUUGCUUAUUUCCUUUCAUCUCCUUACCUUCAUUUUCGUAUGCGUUAAAUUAGGGGGGAAACAAGGAAUCCACCGGUAUGUAGAAAUAUGUGGAUGGACUGUUUUUUGGAGCAGGACCAUGUACAUAGUCACACUAUGUAAGCUGAUACAUGCGUGAGUUAUAAUGGUUUGAAUUACACUGAGAAGGGUUUUUUUCUUCACUGAUUUAAAGUAAUGUGAUUGCAAGGGGGGCCGAAUGAAUAAUGGAAAUAAAAAAAAAGAAGGAUUUCCCUGUCCCAAAUAAAAUCUGACUUUUUCAAUGA